AUGUCAGAAUCUGUUGAUGUUCAAUUAAAAAAAGAGGUGAAGAAACCAAAUCUUCCAGUUAGUUCUUCAAAUUUCCCAUUACCAAAAUUGCCCUCGGCUUACCGUUCAGAAAGUCAACCAUUUACGACUUAUAUUCCGUAUCAACCACUACAUCGUCAAACAUCAAUACAACAACCACAGCUGCAACAGCGUCAUCAACAACAGGAAGCAAGAGUAUUGGUAUCAUCUGUGAAAAAGGAAAAACCAGAACUGGUAUCAUCAGUGCUACCACAACCGGAAACACAAACAACUCAAGAUCAACAAGAAGCAUCAUCGCAAGUGCAACCACAACAACAGCAAUUAUUAUUACAGCAACAUAUUCAACUGACGCGUCCACCAGCUUCAUCUGUAAUCAUUUUCAAACAAGAAAAACCAAAGGGGGUAGUCUCAAAAAAGAAAUCAGGUAAACCAUUUAUCUGUAAACAUCCUGGAUGUACAUGGGCAUUUGCUAGGCAUUCAGAUUUAACUAGACAUGCUAAAUCACAUGCUCCACCUCAAUAUCAAUGUCCAUAUUGGAAAAAUGAUCCAACGUGUCAUAAAAAAGAUGGUUCAUUUAAUAGAUUGGAUGUAUUGAAAAGACAUUUAAGAUUAAUUCAUUAUGUUAAAGAUAAACAACCAAUUGGAGAAUUAAAUCCAGGUGAUGAUCCAGGAUGGUGUCGUUCAUGUCAACGUAUGUUUGAGAAUUCGAAACUAUUUCUUGAACAUUGUAAUAAUUGUGCUAAAAAUACAACACCAACUGAAUGGAUUGAAAUUAAAAAAGAAGGAGGUCCAACAAAUCCAAACCAAGCUACAUUUCGGGUCAAUUUGGAACAAAGUAAAAAGCCCAAAAAUACUUAA